CUAACCCCAUUUGCAAGAAAAGCGACAGCAUAUCCCAGAAGAAUGCGCAGAAGGAGCGUCUUCCAUCUACACGUGAAAAAGGAAAACCCAUCUGUGCAGAACAAAAACUGCAUACGCAUCGAAUUCCGCCCGGGAGUGGGGGGAGAAGAAGCGUUGCUCUGGUCAAGGGAGCUACGUACAAAACAUUUGCAGAGAGGAUAAACUGCCGCGUCGAACGAGUCCACGGGCAGGAAAUCAAAGCGAGUCUCUACGAUCUCUUCAAAAAUGAGAGCGGUAUCCACCAAGUGAAGAGGGUUCCCCAGAAUGAGUCCAAGGGAAAAAUCCACUCCUCCACGGCCACGAUUGCAGUUUUCCUGCACGAAGAGGAAUACAGGAAGGACGAAGUCAAUUUGAAGGACUUGAGGAUUACGACCUUCCGGUCGAGCAAGCCGGGCGGGCAAAACGUCAACAAGAUUGAAUCAGGUGUGUCCAUCCUGCACAAGCCAACGGGGAUACUGACCGAAUGUCAAGAGGAAAGGACUCAAGAAAUGAACAAAAAAAUUGCCAUGAAAAGGUUAACUCAGAAAAUUUUCCAACUUCGGCAUAAGCAAAGUGAGGAACAGCUCCGGAGAGAACGAGCCAAACUGAUAAAAAAUAGUAACCGGAGCAGUCGCAUCAGGACGUACAACAUCUUCAGGGGGUAUAUAACUGACCAUGUGACGAAGCGGAAGCUGGACUUGAUGUACUUCGUAAAGGUAAAGUUGGAGUUUUUACUGAAUGUGGAUCGGUAGGCAGGUUGUUAGCAGG